AUGCACGCUUUGAGACGCUUGCCGUUUAAUUUAGAGGCCGUUUGUAAGGAAUUGUCAAUUGUAAGAUCAAUAUCGACUAUUAACGAUAUAAAUUUCACCGAUGAAACCAAUUUAAAAUCAUGGAAAGAAAUUCCUGGACCAUCCUCUCUGCCUAUUAUUGGCCAGAUACUGCACUUCUUACCAGGAGGUAUGUUACAUAAUCACAAUGAAUUACAAGAGAUAUUGUAUAAGAACUUCGGACCAAUCGUUAAGCUUGACGGAGUUUUGGGAUCGUCGCCACUAAUAUUGCUAUUUGACCCGGAAGCAGCAUUUCGUAUAUUCCGAAAUGAAAACUGGGCUCCUGCACGGCCUGGAUUUCAAUCUUUGGAAUAUUUUAAAAAACAUCACAGCAAAAAAAAAUACGCAGUCUUUAAUGAAUCUACAGGUCUGUUGACGGAGCAUGGAGAAACAUGGCGCAAAUUCAGAUCAGUUGUGAACCCAGCCUUACUACAGCCAAAAUCGAUCAAGCUGUAUAGAGAUAUUUUAACUGAAGUGGCAGAAGAUAUGGUGAAAAGAAUGAAAUCACAGCGCAAUGAAAAAAAUAUGAUCGAUGGUAAAUUUGACAUGGAAAUGAACUUGUGGGCAUUGGAGUCUGUUGGCGUGGUAGCGCUUGGCGGACGGCUUAACUGUUUUAAUCCUAACCUCACGGAAGAUUCUCCUGUGAAAAAGCUAAUACAAGUUGUACAUGACGUCAUGAUCAAUGCACAAAAACUUGACUUCCAGCCAAGUCUUUGGAGAUACAUAUCGACUCCAACGUUUAAGAAAACAAUGAAACAUUAUGAAGAUCAAAUUCAGUUAAAUGAAUAUUUCAUAAGCAAAGCAAUAGAAAAUCUUAAGAAUAGGAAAGAUUCACCAAAUGAAGAAAAAGGUGUGCUUGAAAAAUUACUUGAAAUAGAUCAUAAAGUUGCAGUAAUAAUGGCAAGCGAUAUGCUGUUCGCUGGUAUCGAUACGACUGCCCAUUCAGUCAUAGCAACGUUAUUUCUUCUUGCGAAAAAUCCGGAGAAACAAAACAAAUUACGAGAAGAGAUAAUGUCAAAGCAAGAAAAACAGCCAUAUCUUAAAGGUUGUAUUAAAGAAGCUAUGAGAUUAUUGCCAGUAGUUAGUGGAAAUUUAAGACAAAUAACAAAAGAAUACAAUGUUUUGGGCUACAAAAUACCGAAAGAUAUGUUUGUGGUAGUUGGUAAUCAGUAUAUGUCAUUAAUGGAGCAAUAUUUCCCGCAACCGUCCGAGUUUAUACCAGAGAGGUGGAUAGUUGAUAAAGAUGAUCCCCUGUAUUAUGGGAACGCACACCCCUUCGCUUAUCGUCCAUUUGGGUUUGGUGUGCGAAGUUGCAUAGGUCGACGCAUUGCUGAACUUGAAAUGGAAACAUUCGUCUCGAAAGUUAUCGAGAGUUUUCAUUUGGAAUGGUUUGGACCAUCUUUGAAGGCUCGCCCCGCUACUAUUAAUUAUUUAAUAGGACCUUACAAUUUUAUAUUUAAGGAUGUUUAAUAAUAAAAGAGAAGGGUUAUGUGUACAAGUUAAAA